AUGUUCGCGUACUUAGUAGGCGUGAUUCUGGUAUCGUUAUCAUCAUGGGUCUAUCUUCGCUGGCAAAACCUAAACCAGUUCUGGGUAAAACGUGGUGUGGCCUAUCUACCGCCUCAUCCAAUCAUGGGCAGCCUUACCUUUUUGCAAAAGAAGAAUCCCGCCACUUGGAUGAUUGAAAUGUACCAGCAAUUUAAGACGCCGUAUAUCGGAAUAUGGUUGUUCUGGAGACCAGCAUUGAUCAUCAAUUCACCGGAGAUAGCCAAGAACAUUCUCGUCAAAGACUUUCCAAGCUUUAGAGACAGAUUUCUAAGUUCUGGCUCUUCGGAUCCUAUUGGUUCCCUCAAUUUGUUUACUAGUAAUGAUCCCUUGUGGUCAUCAAUGCGACGUCGCUUGACCAGCACCUUUACGGCAUCUAAACUGAGGAAUUUUCAACCACUUCUUAAUAGUAAAUCGCAACAGUUGAUACACCGCAUCAAGAAUACCGAAGACAAGACUAAGUUUAACCUAAGGUAUCUGUUCACUGAUUUUACAACUGAUAUUUCUGCCACUACAUCGUUCGGGGUGGAGACUAACUCCACACUAACUGGUGAAGAUCCAAUGAGGACCAUCACCACUGCUUUCAUGGAAUUCGACUUCUUCAGAGGUCUCAGUUGGACUAGUAUCUUCUUCUUCCCUUCAUUGGUCGAUAUCUUCAGAUUCAGUUUCUUCCCAAAAUGGGCGACACAAUACUUCGAAAAGAUUUUCAAGAUAGUAUGCCAACAAAGGCUUCAAGAGAACAGAAGCAAUGAAUCCAGAGACUUCCUGGAUGUCCUCAUGAAACUGAAAGAAGAAAGUGCCAAGAAUAACGAAGAAAUACCCGAUGAUAUUAUCUUAGCUCAGGCGGCCAUAUUUCUUUUUGGAGGAUUCGAAACGUCAGGUUCCGCGUUAAGUUUUGCCACCUACGAACUAGCUUAUAACCAAGAAGUUCAGGACAGACUAUACGGGGAGUUAAAACAAGCUAAGGACGAAAGUCCAGAUGGACAAUUUGAUAUGACUAAACUCAGCGAACUCACGUAUCUCAACGCAGUAUUCAAAGAAACUCUCAGAAAAUACACCCCAAUGGGCUGGUUGGACAGAAUAGCACAAGAAGACUACAAAAUUGACGAGAAAGUGACGAUUCCAGCAGGAACUCCUAUCUAUGUAAACGCUAUCGGGAUGCACUAUGAUGAAGAUUACUAUCCAGAACCAGAGCGAUUUAAUCCUGACAGAUUCCGGCCCGAGAACGAAGCUGAAAUUAAGCCAUUUACGUAUUUGCCCUUCGGGGAAGGACCAAGGAGUUGUAUAGGAAAGAGAUUCGGACAGACGACAGUAAGAUACGGAUUAGCUUACCUCAUUCUGAACUUCAAAAUCGUUCCAGUGCCCGGCGCGCCAAUACCCAACAAUGUGGAAUUUGAGAAGCGAGGACUUUCCUUAGUACCCGGACAACCCCUGCACGUCGAUUUCCUCCCUAGAAACUAA